CCAAUAUUUGUGCCAUGUUCCUUUGGUGCCUCUUUGGUGCCGAUGCGGUGCCAUCUGGUGGGCAUUGCAUGGAGGAGAACGUACUCAUGCAGAUGGUGAGCCUCCAGCCGAACGUGCGCAGCCGUGCGGGCAGAUUCCGCCGCUUCCGCCGCUUCCGCCGCUUCGGCCGCUUCGGUGCGAAGACAACCAGCACUGAGAGCAGCACGACGCAAGAAACGACCACCAGCAUUGAGACCACAACAACAAUGCAAGAAACGACCACCAGCAUUGGGACCACAACAACAAUGCAAGAAACGACCACCAGCAUUGGGACCACAACAAUGCAAGAAACGACCACCAGCAUUGGGACCACAACAACAAUGCAAGAAACGACCACCAGCAUUGGGACCACAACAACAAUGCAAGAAACGACCACCAGCAUUGAGACCACAACAACAAUGCAAGAAACGACCACCAGCAUUGAGAGCACAACAACAAUGCAAGAAACGACCACCAGCAUUGAGAGCACAACAGCAAUGCAAGAAACGACCGCCACCACCACCAGGGUGGUAUGCACUGGUGGCACUUCGGGAGGUUCUGAAGUGGCUCUCACCAAAAUCAUUGAUACCAGCCGGCCCCAAAAUAUGUUCACAUUCAAUGUAAAUGUGACAUCCCCAGAAUGUGAAUGCGUGGGCAGUCCUGUUUUCUGGUCCAUACCCGGCUUCCUUCGUGUUGAUGUGAUCGGUGUUCAGGAUGCGAAUAGUGUAUCUUUCAUCAGCAUCACAAGUCCCAAUGACACAGAUGUGAAAGUAGCACCAUUUCGCUCUGGGACGCUUCUCACGGCCGGGACCGUGGCAUUCAACGGCUUCCCAGCAAAUGGCAGCUGGGUUAUUAAAUUGCUGGAUGCCAGCGGCAACCUUUCAACCCAAACGGGCUCCACCUUUACAAUCCAGUUUGGGCUUAUCAGCUGCAGGCAGGUUUUGCCAACACCUGAUUGUGUUGGCAAUUCUUUUGGUGGGCGGGUGUGGGUUGCCCAGAAUGCCUCACUAGUGGGCACGACUCUUUCUCCUAGCCCCACCCUCCUCCACUUUGAUGUGGAGGCGAGCAGUGCCUGCUGCGUCGUCAGUGGUUUUGUGCAGCUUAGACUUGAAUUCAACGCCGUUUCAAGUCCAAGUGGAAUAAGAACCUUGACCGCUGCUGGUCUGAGCCCAGAUGCCAUUCCAUUCUAUUUGAGAACUGAUUUGUUCGACAUUUACCUGCGGGGGACCUGGGUCACUCGUGGGGUUGCACAUGUGGCCGCAUUUGGAGGUCGAGCCGCUGGGCUGUGGACCCUAAGCACGUCCACAGAUGGUCCUUAUACGGCGGUCAUCAACAGCCUCGGCUGGACUCCGCAGCUUCAGGUAGGCGUGGGGGAUUGCCCCUAGGGACAGCCAAGGACAAACGUCUCUUGCCCUGACAGCUGGAGCCUUCCUAGCUGAAGGAUAGCCUUAGGACAAACACCUGAGCUCUCGCGGCUGGG